UUAUAAGUGAAUAAUAAUCCAAGCUAUAGUUUUUGAAUUCCGUUAAAACAUGUGAUGUAGAUCAUUAAAUUAGGAUUCAAAAUUUUCACCGAUCGCAUUUUUUAUGGUGAAAAAUUACCGACUAAAGUUAUUAACAAAGAAAAAUGGAUUAUUAAUAUUUUGAAUGCGAAAAAAUUAUGUAUUCAUAAUAUUAAUAUGCAAAUGGUAAAAUUCGCAAUUAUUCUAAUGUCUGGUGUACUAGGUAGAAAAUGGUCGGGACCUAAAAACGAUCCCUUGAUUUUCAUUGCGAAUCCUGUCGAAGCCGACAUGCCUGGUCACUGGAUGCCUUUGAGCAUCGUCAAGGUCAUCCUUGAGAAGACCACCCCUAAGCCGAUCACUUUCCCAUCGAGGAAACCACUUAAAAUUACCAUGCCUCCAACAACUCCUAGUACUACAACAACAGAAGCUCCUACAACGACUGAAGCUCCUACAACGACUGAAGCUGCAACGACGACUACAGAAGCUGCAACGACUACAGAAGCUGCAACGACUACAGAAGCUGCGACAACUACAGAAGCUGCAACAAUUACAGAAGCUGCGACAACUACAGAAGCUUCUACAACGACAGAAGCUACAAAAACUACAGAAGUACCAACAACGACUACAGAAGCUCCCACAACAACUACAGAAGCACCAACAACGACUACAGAAGCUCCUACAACGACUACAGAAGCUCCCACAACGACUACAGAAGCUCCAACAACAACAGAAGCUACGACAACUACGACAACAACAGAAGCAACGACAACUACGACAACCACAGAAGCUACGACAACUACGACGACAACCACUACAACAACACAAGCUCCAUCAACGAAACGGAUGCCAAAACGAGGUUCAACUAGAAAAGAUAAGGACUCGCAUGCCAAUAUGAAUGCGAAAAAAUGA